CCUUUUGCUUUCCUGCUUGUUUUCACUUCCCUUUUUCUUACACUUCAGUGUUACUGAAAAGAAUUUUCUUGAGAAAAGAUUAAUUAAACAGGCCCAAAUGAGCAGCAGGAGCCACUGCAUUUUAGGAGUAAGAAACGUAAUUAUCUAUUUGUCUAACAGUGUGGACACAACAUAACAUUAGAAAUGGAAGAGUGUAAAUACAGAGCAGGCAUGCAGCAAAUUCUUAGCAGAUUACCCCAUCUUCCAGUGAUUUGUGUUCAGGUGCUUCCUGAGCCAGAAGUGAUGUCUCCGUCCUGGAAGAUGAGAUGUUUUGCACAUCCUGAAGGUGAGAAACAUGCACAUGAUAACUGCGGUUUGUCUCAUGAAGUGACUCUCACACAGAAAGAAGCCUCAGAAUGCUGACAAAAAUACAUUCAGCUGUUGAUGCAAAACUCAGCCAGUCCCUGCUGUAACACCUCGUUAUGGUUGGUGAGACCCAGCAUAUCAGGAUAGGCCACAGAAAAGUGAAAACAGCUACUUUGGAGGGGCUUUGCUCAACUGAAAGAUACAGGGCAGCAAAGAUAACUCAUUGGAACAGUUUGUAUCUCACAAAUGCAUUCUUGGAUAUUGCUCAUCCUUGUCAUCAUCGCUAUGUUUGACCUUUCAUAAAUGCUUGAAAAUUGCUGGUUGUGAUAAAUCUCUUCAGUUCUGGUGUUCAAACCAAAACUGAUCAUCACAAAUAUUAAUAGAAAAUAGUGUAUAGGUUUUUUUCAGCUGUGUAAUUAUUACUGUUUUUCAUUUGAAUUAAUAUUUGAGAUGCAAGUUAGCCUCAACAUCCCAGAGGAAGACAGAAGUGGGAAUCUUCUGGGCUGAGCCAAGCAUCAAACUAUUAAACUCUAAAGGUCUGAGAAGAAGAUAUAAAUGUGCUUUCAAUUGAAGAGGGGUGUAGAGGCACAGAGAAUUUGACUUUAGUCACAGGGUGGAUUGUGGUGUUACUUCCUACUCCUUAAGGGUGUGUCAACACAAGGGGCAAUGUCACCAGGAGAAAUUUAAUAAAAUGCUGAGUGCUCCUUUAUGAUCUUCAUUUGAGGGGGAAACCCCUCUGCAGACCUGGAGAACUGAGUGAAGGCAAGUGAAGCUCUGAACUGGGGGUGGAUGCAGUGGCCAGUGGAAGAAUACUCUUCCCUGGACAGGGCUGAGAGCCUGGAGAAGGAAACAGCAGCUGGAAAAAGAAUAAUGGAAGAUUGUCUAAACAAAAGUUGUAAUUCCACUUGCCCAGGAUUUCCCUACAAAGACAGCCAGACACUUCUGGUUGCUGUUUACAGCAUCGUUUUUGGUAUAGGCUUUCCAGCAAAUUGUUUAACUUCUCUGCUUACAUUUGUACAAAUCCAAAGGAAUAAAGUAGUUGCCAUCUACAUUUUCAGUUUAUCAUUGUGUGAGCUGAUGUAUUUAAGUACCUUGCCUUUGUGGAUUAUCUAUGUGCAAAAUGGGCACAACUGGACCAUGGGUGACACUGCUUGCAAAAUAACAGGAUUCAUCUUUUUCUGCAAUAUCUACAUCAGCAUUCUGCUUUUGUGCUGCAUCUCUGUCGAUCGCUACAUGGCACUGGUGUAUUCUCUGGAAUCGAGGGGGAGAAGAGGACGGAAAAUGGCCAUCAUAAUAGUCUGUUUUCUCUUUACUGUGGUUGCAGUAAUCCACACCCCAGUAUUUACCACAGAAGCUGUAAAGCAAAAUUGUACAAAUGUGAUAACCUGCUUUGAGACAGUGCCCCUUAACAUAUCAUUGGCUUCUUUCAGCUUUGCGAGAUUCCUAUUUGGAUUUGCCAUACCCUUCACAAUCCUCAUUUUUACAAACUUCAGAAUUUUCCAAACUACAAAAAGAAGCAUCAGCUUGACUUGUCGCCAGAAAGCGAAAGUGAAGCAUGUGGCUAUUGCCAUUAUUGUUAUUUUCUUGGUCUGCUUUGCUCCAUAUCAUGUGGUGCUCAUAAUAAGAGCCAUAUACUUUAUGUUUCAUCAGGACUGCCCAUGUCCAUUUGAAAAGGAGAUAUAUUCAAUUUUUACAGUGUUUCUGUGUUUAUGCACUGCAAACGGUGCUGCCGAUCCAAUCAUCUACGUGCUGGUCAGUGAAAAUGUCAGAGAAGACUGUUAUAGGAGCCUGAGAAGAUGGAGAUUGAACUCAUCCAAGCUAAGUUCAUCCACUACUCACAAUACUGACAGCAGAAAAUCGGAAAUGCCAAAAGAAUCAGAGGAGGGGACCAAAGAAAAGGAAACAAAGAAAGAUUCAUCCAAGGCCUGUACUAGUGGCAGAGACCAGGAAAGUGGCAGCUAGCUUGUAGCCACUGGAACAAAUAAGAAGUUCCCAAUGCCAGCUGCAGGACACAAGUCUUUACACGCUGACAUUAUUUUGCAUGUCCUGCAUGGGCCAGCAACUCCUUGAGGACUCUAUAUGGGAGCAAUAAUUCACAUUUUUGUUUGCCUCCUACAACAAACUUUGCCCACCAGUUAUCAUUGGUGAAAACACUGCUUUGCUAAGGAUAUGUGGAAUAAACUAAGUAAUUUACUUUUACUCAAAUUAGGAUCUUAAAAGCUUAUUUUUUGACUGACUUUUUUUCUCAUAUGAAAUAAAACCAGUUUUAUCUUCUGAGCAAAAUUUAAAAAAAGCACUGCUGAGGAGAACAAUGCAUUCUUCUUAUGGUUGAAAUUUUUGCUUCUUUAGGAGGUACAUGUUCAGAUUCUCACACAUGUGCUCUGCUGUUAACGUUUGUGGUUAACCAGUGGAAAAUAUUAAAAAUGAGUAAGUCUUUCAGCAAGAACCUUGAACAUUUUCCUCGUACUUCAGUAUAUGGCUUCAGCUACGUCACGCGUUCCAGGAGAAUUAGAGGGCAAAACAAUGGCCUGAUAACACAGACCAACAGUACUGCUGCUGCAGUAGUCAAGAUCCUGCACUGCCCUGAAAUUCUUAAAACGUACAAUUCUAAUGCUUGAUAAUUUACAAUUAGUAAACUUUACUUGUUUGGCAGUCAGAUCUAGAAUGCAAUGAAAUAUCUAGAAAAUGUAUACAUUUCCAAGUGGAGUCGGGGACUGCUUUUAUGCCAUCUCCAAAUGUUUGUUGAACUCGUGUUUCAUUUCUGACUAAGCUAACCCUUCCCUUUUGUUAUUGAUCCCACUUCUACUGUGUAGGGGUCUGUAGAAGAUGUGGGUAGGCUCAUAGAUGGUAUGGAAGGUUGGAAGUCUGGAGAGCACAGUCCUUCCUCCACAGCUGGGGAACUCCCUCAGACAUGCUGGGGCAAAUUUCAUUGUUGCUGCUGCCACUUUUAUUAUGAAUAACUUAUGGAUAGUAGUUCCUUGUGUCUUCGAACAAGAACUUAAAAAUUAUACACAUCUGGCAAUGUUUCUCUAAGCAACUUCUUCAUGUUUUUUUGAGAUUUAACAGACAGAAUCAAUUUGAGUAUGAGCUUGUAGAGUGAUUCACAGCAUCAUUCCAUUUCAUCUGUGGUGUUGUGUUUCUGUGACAUGUUGAAAUUGUUACUGACGUUGACAUUUCUGUAUUGAAUUAAUAUUGACCAGUCCUAAUGUAAAUACAAUACUUUUUAAUAUCUUAAAAUUGCCAUAGAUAUUUCUGUAUAUUAUAUUUUAUUCUUAUAUAUUCUUACACUUUUGGAAAGAACCAUUAUGCCAAAAUUGUAUAUCCUCAAUUUAUUAGAUUUAUUACAUACUUCAUUUUUUAAUUAUUUAAUGACUCCUCUGGUAUUUAUCUGUGGAAUGGUUUUAUCCUCAAAAGUAGUCCACAUAAUACUAAACAGAAGGUUGUCUCUCAGAAAAACAUAAAAUUCGGUUGUGGUGCUAAUUAACAAGUUCUGGAUUUCUAUUUUUAUAUGCAUCCAGAGAUCAAAUUCUCUAAGGUAUCGAGGAAAGACCUUCAAAGUGCUGAGUAUCUGUAACUUUGCUGAAUAUCAGUAACUUUCUGUUGCUAAAGAAUUCCUCAGCAACAGAACACGGCUCAUAACAGCCCCUGCCAGCCCGAGCACUGGUGACUCAUCUCUGAAGAUGCACAUGCAAACUGCUCCAGCCUCAGGAUUUUCAUCGUCUGAAUGCAAACUCUGAUGAAUAAUAGCAGUGAAUUUAGAAGAAACAAGAGGUACAGGCUUCUGAACUGAUUGAAAUGGAUGCAAAUUAGAUAUUGACCUCGAUCAAUUUAAACCUCUCUGAUGUUUUUCCUCUGAUAAAAAGUGAGUGUCGAGGGAGGGGAUUGUCCCACUUUGCUCUGUGCUGAUGCAGCCUCACCUCAAGUCGUGUGUGCAGUUUUAGGAGCCACAAUAUAAGAAAGACAUUAAGCUAUUAGAGAACAACCAGAGAGGGGCCAUGAGGAUGGUGAAAG